AUGGAUAGUAUAUUAAAUAUAUAUAUUGAACCUUAUUGGCUUAAUUUAGUGAAUCAUAUCGAUAAUGAUGAUUAUUUACUAUUUUUUGGUACGAUUAUAUUACAUGGAGUUUCUCUAUUUAUAUUUAAUUUGCCUUAUCUAAUAAUAGAAAGAAUCCCAUAUUUUAAUAAAUAUAAAAUUCAAAAGAAUAAAAUCAAAAAAUAUACAACAAUUAUAGAUAUUGUUAAUGUUUUAUUUUAUGAACAUUUAAUGAUGGAUAUCCCAUUCAUGCUCGUUUCAGUUCCAACAUUCAAAUACUUUGGAUAUAAAUCAAAAGCACCAUUACCAACAGUGUCCUAUUUGGUUGGAUCUCUAGCAAUGUGUAUGAUUAUAGAUGAUUUUCUUUCCUAUUUUAUACAUAGAAUUUUGCAUACACCGUUUGUUUAUAAACAUGUCCAUAAAAAGCAUCAUACCAUCACAUCACCAAAUGGAUUAAACUCAGAAUAUGCGCACCCAAUAGAAACAUCAGUCUUUGGAAUGGCUACAUUCAUGGGUUCAAUAUUAUUCUAUAGAGAUAUAUUUUCUUUUUGGGUUUUAAUCACGCUUAAACUCUAUGAAACAGUAGAGGCUCAUUCCGGUUACGAUUUGCCAUGGCUACCAACCAAAUUAAUUCCAUUCUGGGGAGGUGCUACUUUCCAUGACUAUCACCAUAAAAACUCAAUAGCUAAUUUUUCCACAACCUUCACAUUUUGGGAUAAAGUAUUUGGCACUUUUAAAAAUUAG